CUAAGGUUUAAGUGUCCGCUCACGGGAAGAGUCCGCUUACCGGAGGGUGAAAAAAGAAAAAAAUGCACCAGAGGGCAUAUAAUGUACCAGACUGAACAAGUACUCAAUACCACUUAUAAUAUUAUUGUGUUAUCCAUCACAGGGAUUUUAGAUGUUGCUUUUCUAUAACACAUACAUAAAUUUAACACCAAUUUUAAUACUAUGGGUCAGUAAUAAAAGACUUGCCGCUAAAUAUAUGUAAGCAGUAACAUACUCAAUCGCCAAUACGUUUGAGGUGAACAGAACAGCAGAAGUACACAAUUUAUGCACAUUUGCAUGAUUGUCCUUUUCAAACGCAGUGUCCUUAUGUAGGUAAAAAAGAAGCUAUUGAUCAGUGUCUGCUUUUGUGGUUCCCUGAUCUUAGGGUCUCUUAACCCUUUGACUGCCAACGGCGCAUAUACACGCCCUGAGUGAGUGAUCGUGCCCUUUGUACCACUUGUGACGUCAUCAAUUGAAAUGUCACCAGAUAUUCUUGAUAAGCAGAUAGUAGAGCUAGAAUAGAUCUAUCCGCACAACGGACUGUUUUGGAGAUCGACGGCAUUCUGACAUAGCAAAUUGAAAAACAACGUUAUCAGUUUUAAUGCAGAAAUGGUGGUAAAAUGGUCCAUUAUAUGUAUAAUUGAACAAUUAACACCCAACUUUUUAUGGCAGCCAGAAAGAAUAUGAAACGUAAGAGGUAGCGAGGGUGAAAGGGCCGAGAAAAAGGAAAGCAUAGGGGUAAGAAAAAAACAUUCGGAACAGGCAAUGGCAAAAAAAGAAAGAAAAAAACAAUCCGGUCCAAAAUUUUGGCUCAUGCGCGUGCGCCAAAUUGAAAUAUUGCACAUUUUGGUACCUAAUCUUGGGGAAAUCUAUCUUUUUGGUAAAAAAUAGCUUUUUCAGCAAAAAUUAGGGUCCAUUUAGCGUCAGGGCAGCCAAAAAACUGAUUUACCAGUUAAAAACGGCAUUUUAGUGAAAAUUUUGGCAGUCAAAGGGUUAAGAUAUCCGGCACUCUGAGUAGAGUAUUUGAAAUUUCCUCGUUACCAUGGUAAUUGGCGAACUCCGAAACAGAGGACAGGAUAUGAUUUGCUACAUUUGCUUCGCGGUUUUAAAUUUUAAGGAGACAAAUUUUCGUGCGACUGGCUCGAGGAAAAGUUAAAAAAAGGAAAAAUUUGAUGUACGGUAAUGAAAAAAAACCUUAUUGAAAGGUUACAUUCAUAUAACUCUUCAGACUCAAACACUGCUUUGAUCUUGGUCAGUACGUGAUCAAACCAUUUAAACCGAAACUAGUUCGUUAGGAAUUUUCUUGAUAUUGUUCCGUGUCCGUGUCCGCUUGGGAGAGGUGUCCGCUUACGGGAGGUUAAAAAUAUAGCGUUGGAGAGGAGAAAUCGCCGGGACCGCAGUUUGGUGUCCGCUGAUGGGAGGUGUAGUUUGAACCUUUUUUAACGUUUCGCUUUGCUCCACAGGAAGUCGCAGAGAUUGGCUCCAGCCGAUCAUCAUUUCAUCAGCCGCAAUUGUCGCCCUCUUGAUGAUGUUAUUUGUUCGGUUUGUUGUCAAGAAAAAACGGAAAUCAUCAUAUAACAUGCGAAAACCUGGUCUCCGCGAAGAGGAUCUCAUAAACAGACUGUUUAUCAGCUACAGUUCAAAGGACUUUGGUUGGGUCACUGACAAUCUCAUCUCAAUUCUUGAAAAGCACUCGAUUGACUACAGCAUCCACAGCCGGGACUUUGAAAUUGGAAUACCCAUCGUCCAGAACAUGGCCGACAGUGUGUACGGCAGCCGUCAAGUGUUGAUUGUUUUGUCUGAGAAUUACCUCGCCAGCAACUUUUGUCGAGAGGAGCUGCACAUGGCUGUACAGAGGGGCGCGGACGCGGGAGAUUCGUCACUAAUUUUUGUGAUGAUCAAGAACUUGAAGAAAAAGAAAUUACCUGCCGCUUUGAGAAAGAAACGCCUGCUGGACUUUGACAAACACAAGAGGAAACAAGAUUGGGAGGAGAAAAUAUUACGUGAGAUAUCACAAGGCAAAUUGACCUCUAGUGUUUAAAAGUUAGAUGUAUCAUCGCUCAAGAUGUAAGUACUAUUCGUGUCAGUCCCUUACUAAGCGAGUAUAAAUAAGAGUUCUACAUUUCAGUUCAGUUCGCGUAAGAAUCCUUCGCUUCGUAACCUUACAUGUUAUACCCCCUGCCGGAUGAUCAAGGUCUCGUCCAUGCUACUUGCACUGUUCCUGAUUUCUUCAACUGACCUAAAUGCGUACAGUAGGUCCAGUUAAUGGAAACCCAAAUCCAGCACACUUACUGGUACAGAACUUUUUCUUGUAGUUUGUUGCUUUUAGUCGUUUACCAGCUUGUUUUUUUUUCACUCGUAUUGUCCCUUACUCCGUUGCCUGGCUUUUAUCCAUUGUAUUCCAUUCCCACACUCUCUUUAAGUAUUUUCAAGCUUUUGCUGUGAAGUUGCAGAACUGUUUAUUAUUUUAUGAGUGCUUUGCCUCGCAAACGCCGGGUUUGUGCAGUACCUUUCCCUCGACUUCCUUCUAAUUUUUCAGGUUUUGCCAUAUUCAGGAAUGUUUUUGUAUGUGUGCUUUGCCUCACAAACGCCGGUUUUGUAUAGUGCCUUUCCCUGGAAUCUCUUCUAAUUUGCAGGUGUUAUAUGUUUUUUGUAUGCGUGCUUUGCCUCACGGACAUCGGGUUUGUGCAACGCUUUUCCCUCGUUUCCCGUUAUGCGUGCUUUGUCUUUCAAACAUCGGUUUUGUGCCGUGCUAUUCCCUCGGUUCCCUUUUCUAGGCUGUAUAAUAUUUAUUUUUUAUUUUUUUGUUCCAUCAGGUUGAUAAAUGGUCACACAGCUUAAAGGGCAUAUAGUUAAAGUUAUAGUUAAAUUCUGAACCUGCGCCUGAUUUUCGCAGAUGAAUUUUCUAGACUGUAUAAUUUUAAUUUUUUUUUUUUCAUUAGGAUGAUGAAUUGUUACACUGAUUAACAGGGAAUACAGUAAUGCUAAAGUAGUACAAAGAAGUCUGACGUCAUUACAGUCAGGCAAAUAGAUGCUAGGAAAGGUUGGAAAGCCUUUCGCUCGUGAGAAUCGAAACUUUGCAUCAUUGGCAAACAUAACAGUAACUUAGUAAUGGCAAGUAUUUUUUAGUCCCCGAUUUUCUUUCAUGAAAUCGAAUAAUAUAGAUCAGAGGACGACUAAACGGUAUUCCCAACUCCAUAAAAUCUACAAGAAAAAUCUACACUCUUUUAGACAGUAUUUCUCUUGAUUAAGGGCCCAUUAACCGAUCUUUUCGAGCCGUUGCUAAGGAAAAUUCAGUCUCAUCUAACCUC